AUGUUCCAGCAACAAUUUGGAUUUGGGAAGUUAUUUGGUAUUGUGGCCACGCUUUUGUUGGCUCUGAUGAUGGUGGAAAAAUCAUAUGCCGCUGCUGCUAUUGACUGUACAAAGAGGCCGCCAAUGAUUGACCCCUUAACCUGUUGUAAAAUUCCCGAUAUAAUUAGUGAUGACAUAACGGAGAAAUGUCGCAAGGCGAUGCCAACACCACCACCUCCACCAUAUCAGCCAUAUGCUGCAGCUGGAACUGUGUCUAGUGAAGAAGAUAAAUCAUCCAUGUCAAAUGAAUCAAAGGCUCCAAAGACCACUGGGCCACCAAUGAGACGGCCACCACAUCCACAUUAUGGACCUCCACCACCAUUUGUGCAGGCGUGCUUCCUAUCCUGUGCCCUUAAUGAAACAGGAAUUUUAAUGGCCACCCCCGAAGCCAAACUAAAUGAAAAUAAAUUAUCAAUGUAUUUAAAAGAUAUUUUAAAAAAUACCACAGAUAUGAUACCAGUUAUAGAGAAUUCAUUUAAAACAUGCGCCAUUAAAAUGGAGGAAAUGAGUAAAAAAUUUAAGGAACAUAUGGAUAAAAAUAAAUCAACAUCAUCUUCGUCUUCGAAUGAGUCUCGCACCCAAGAUCGUAUGUUACGCCCAGCCCCCCAUCAUUGCCCCAUGCUAGCCACCCAUUUAAUGAGUUGUGUAUUUCGUGAAUCAUUCACAAAUUGUCCCACAUCGCUGUGGUCCAAUACCGAGCAAUGCAAUGAAAUGAGGGAUCACAUGAAAAACUGUAAAAAACCAAAUGGAGUCCAUGGAAAAAUGGAAUUAGGUAAAAUGUAA